AUGACAACUCCAUUGCGUCGAUCUCCCAGGAAGGCUGCAGUUAUUGAUAAUAACUUGAAAGUGUAUCCAGAUCCAGCACCAUCAUCUUGGGAACCUCCGACUAAGAAGCGAAGAGCUGCCAAAGAAAAGAACGAAAGCAAUAAUGAUUCUUCGUCUCGAGGUCCCACCCACGACGAAUGUCGAUUUGUAGUGGAAUCUCUGGGCCAACUGCAUCCCAAUGUCCUUGACGACUGUCAGAAUCGACGAUCCGACAGCUUGGGUUCCUCCUGUGGCAUGAAAGCAAGCAUUGCCGACGGAUUGGUCAGUACCAUUUUAUCGCAAAACACUACCAAUGCCAACAGUACCCGAGCCUUUCAACAGCUCAAAAAGGUUCUACCCACUUGGGAAGACGUGGUUGCCUUGCCAGAUCCACCCACCAAGCUGGAAGACGCCAUUCGCUGUGGAGGCCUGGCCAAGAUCAAAUCCAAACGCAUCUAUACCAUUUUUCAAACGCUCAUCAACGAACGACAAAGCACUUCUUUAGAAUACUUGCGAGAACUAUCCAAUGAUCAAAUCAAGAAGGAACUGGGACGAUUUCCAGGUUUGGGCCCCAAAACCAUUUCCUGCGUCUUGCUCUUUACCAUGAUGAGAGCCGAAUUUCCAGUGGAUACCCAUGUCCAUAGGAUUGCCAAGGACAUUUUGAAAUGGAUUCGACCAGGGGAUAGUCGGGAAGAAGCGUACGAACACCUCAAUGCCGUCGUACCAGAUGGCUGCAAGUUGGAAUUGCAUUGUCUGCUCAUUGCUCACGGCAGACAGUGUCAUCGUUGUGCGGCACGAGGAAAACCACAAUUUCCACCCAAGGAUGGAACCAAACUGGAAUGUCCAUUAGUGGACCUUAACAAGACGAGGGCAAACCUCAAGAAGCAGCAACAAUAUACAGUUGAUUAUUCAAAGGCGUCAGCAAAGCCAGAAUUGGUGGUCAGUGUGAAACCAGAGAAGAUUCUGAGCACCAAUGAAGAGGACAAAGGAGGAACUAGCUGA